UGAUUGGCUAAAUAAUUUUGGAUCCUAGCCCUGAUAGAUAAAUUUUGUAGAAAGCUGGAAGCCAAGCUUCGAUUAAAUUUUUGGAUGGCUUCGGAGUUUUAGGUUGUUUCUCAGUAAAAUCCUACCGUAAUACCGGCUCGCCGUGGCGAGCCGGCAUAAAUGCAAUUGCUGUUCUUAUACAAUUUUAAAUUAUCUUUUCAGUCCGGGUGUGCAUCAAAAUAUUGCGGGAAACGUGAACCGAUACGAUGGCAGCAAACGAGCGAAAAUUUUCGACGUUAUAUGAAAAAUUAAACAGUCAGUUUCCGCACAUCAACUUGAGUACAGAUGAUGUAGAGAAGUAUCCAGAUUUCUGUACAUUGCUGACAAAACUAUCGUCAUUUAUUCAAACAGAUGAUGUAUCUAUUCAAACAAAUAAAGAUCUUAAACAGGCUGAAGAAGUGUUACGACAUGAGAAACACUCUUGGUUAUUAAACCAUAUUUUGUAUCUGGAGGUCCAGGAACUGCUGCUUGAUUAUGAGUUGAAGAGUCAAGAUGUUUCCCUCUCGUCUAGAGAUCAACAAUUUCAUAAGAUACUACAGCAGUGCCUGACACAAGCUGAGAUCGGGGACUAUCUAGACUUUAGCCCAGACCCUUGCUCUAAAGCCACCACACUGGGACUCACGAAACAGGAGCUGUAUGACCAGAACCCAUACAAAAAGCAUUUACAGUCAUUACAACAGGCACUUAUACCAGAAAUAGAGGAAAGAUUAAGAAAAAAAUGUGAAACAUUAGUUGUAGCCCAUGAUCCACAGAAUUCAUCAAUGGAGAGCACAAAGUUAACGUUCGCCAAAUCAUCACAAUUACCAGCCAUUGUAGAGAAUGAUAAACUUCAUCUAGAAGAGGAAAAACGUCGACUGAAAGAGGACUUUGUGAAGAAGGAUAAACAGUUUGCAGCUUAUUAUCAGAAACUUUUAGACUCAUUAGGCUUGUUGGAAACUCUGAUAUCUAAAUACAAGCUGGAGAAACAAUGUGAGAAUGAUACUAUAACAACAGAAUGGCUGUAUGCUAAAUGUGAUGCUAUGAGUCUCAAGAUAAGGCUUGUGGAGUUACAGAUUUUAUGUGAUACAUAUACGAUAGAAACAGUACAGUCAUUAAAAAUCAUCAGGAAACAUGUGGAUGAUGCCUAUAGAGAUAGUGAAAAAGAGAAACUUCACAGGGAACAGGCUAUAAAAGCUUAUGAGUCGGUCGGGGAUGGUUUUGAAGAAAUUGUAGCGGAAUUUGGUAAAAUGAAGGCUGAGUUAGAAAAUAAACAAUGGGCAUUAGCAGAAUUUGAUAGAAGUAAUCAACAGAAAGGUGCCUCGUGAGUGAAAGGGACAGACUUAUUCACAAUAAGUGAUUGUGCGGAAUUUAAGAAAAUAAAUAAAAGCCACUGAUAAGUACAAUGUUGUGGCCAGUUUAAUUUUGUAAUAAUGGAUCUAUUAUAUGUUUAAGGCUAAUUUAUUUUGUUUAUAUUGAAAGAACAUAAUGUAAUAGAUAGUAGAUUGAGCUGAAGAGAGUGCUGUUGUUGAAAGGCACAUUAUGGCUAAGAAUAGAAUUUUUAUUUCUUUAGAAGAGUCAAACAUGUGUUAAGCAGAUUUUUUAGCAUAUUUGAUGCUUAUGGGAAGUACAUGUUAGUAGAGCUCAAUAAGAAAAUAAUAAGUGAUUAAGGGAGAAAAGUAAGUAAAUGGCAUUUUGACCCUCCAAAUACAAACUCAUUUUAACUUUUAUAUAUUUCCAGAAAGCUAAAAAUAGUGUAGCUAAAUUUUGUUGUUUUUUUUGUUGUUUAUUGUUUCAUUUUGCUGUUAUAAACAGGCUGUUGUUAUUGUAUUACAGGGUUGAAAACUAUUAAGAAAUAAAAUUGGUGUCAAAAUACACAAACAGUAAGCGCAAAAUGUGCAAGUAAUUUUAAUAUCUAAGAAAUGAAACUUAAAAAAACUGAACAUAACAGUUACGUCUUGAAUUAUGUUUAGAAUAUUUGUUAAAUUAUAUGAAUAAAAAAAUUAAAAUC